UUGUUUUUUCUUUGAUCCUUCAUCUAAAUAAUUGAUAUUCUUCUGUUUCCUUUGGGCUACGAAAAUCCUUUUAUUCAAAACGAAACAACAGUGAGAUCAGUAUCUCUAAACAUGCCUGUAAGAGUAGCAUUGGAGAACACUACAACCCCUUCUCACGUUUCAGGUGCAAAUUCAAGGCGCAAUUCAUUUCAAUCUUGUUCUCUUCUAAGUGUUGGACAGGCCUUUUCUGGCACGCAAAAUGUUUCAAGCCUACAAAAGGAUGAAGCAUGGAGGGUAAAUGUCCGUAUACAAGGAUGUGACCUUGAGCAUGGAUAUCUAUGCGGCACCAUGGAAGCUCUUAAUGUUCCUAUGGCAGACACGCCGGUAGUAACAUUCUGGGAAGGGGAGAUUGUCGAUACCAAGAAUUAUACUUUCUUCACAGGAAAAUGGGAGGCAGCACCAGAGGAUGAUAUAAGGCACUGGACUAAAUUUGACUCUUUUGGCCCCCUAUUGGGCCAAGUAGAGAUGGAUGGUGGCAAGUCUGCAGACCUAAGCAACUAUCCUUACAUAUUCAUGAGAUGGAAGGAGCAGUAUUUUGUGAAUGUUGGAACUGACUGUGGAUUAACUAUAGCUGGAUUUUACUACGUUUGUUUCUCAUGCAACGAUGGCUCUAUCAGUGGGUUCUAUUACGAUCCGAAUAGCAGCCCAUUUCAGAAGCUUGAGUUGAAAGCCACAAAUGAUGGAAGAUCAGGUUUCUCUUUUUCAUCAUAUGAGCUACAAUAGAUUGUGUGACACAUAACAUAUCAAAUCUAUCAUUUGAUUGAAGCUAUCUUCUGAAGUGUCUUACAGUCAGUUGAACAUGGGAGAUUAUGCAAGCGCUCAAUACUGUCAGUGUUGUCAAGAGUGUAAGAAAAGUGAAAUUUUGUUGUUACAAUCAAUCAUGUCACAACUGUGAAUAACUUUGUUAUAUGCUACAAAUCCCCCAAUGUUACUACUUUACAUGAUCUAUUGUUGUUUCGAGAUUCGACCAUAUUAAAUAUGUAUAUAUUUUGUUAA